GUUUUACCUACACUGGCAAUUGUAUCGCAGUCGUGUUAUGUGACAGACCACUGGUUUUCAAAGAUGUUAACUCGUAAGGUGCAUAAAGUCAGUCUCCUAGUUCUUGGGUCGCUAGAGUGUCUGUGCUUUGGUGGGUGGAUCUUCGGAUGGGCCUCACUGGUUUUUGUCCUGAAACAGGAAGGCUACUUCGCGGAUAAAUGCUGGACCGAGGGAACCACAGCUGACCCUCGCAGUACCGUACCGUCAAGCGGUUCCACGGCCAACGCGAGCCAACCGACCACCGUGCCGGGACUAGCGGGCUGUGCCGAUCAGGACGCCGAGCUUCAACUCGUUUUCACGGUAGCUAACUUCUGCGUUUCCGGUGCCUCGCUGCCACUCGGACUGCUAUUCGACAAAAUGGGAACUCUUUUCAUGAGAAUAAUAAUAAGCGUUCUGAUGUUGGCUGGGAGCCUGAUGUUCGCGCUGAGCUCCAGUAAUCCUUUACUAGUCUUCCCUGCAGCCGUAUGUGUAUCAGCCGGUGGUGUCCAACUUCUCGUGGUAAACCUACAGAUUUCAAAUCUAUUUGGACGAAAUAAAUGGAUAGUAAUGACCAUAUUCUGCGGCUGUUUCGACUCAUCCGCCUGGGUGUUUCUGGUUGUGAAGGUCCUCUACGAAAAUUUCGGCUUCCAAGUUCAAACCUCUUUCUUCAUUCUGGCGGGCAGCACGUUUGUCUUCACUCUGAACACAUUCGUCUUGCUGCCGAAGAAGGGGCACAUUCCAUGGCCACUCCCACCGGAUUACUACACCAAUCAGCGGUCGGGAAAAACGUUGAAUAUUCAUGAGGAUGAGACGCUGCACGCGUACAGCAACGCCAUCAAGGACACAGAGGGAAAAUAUCACCCUAAAAGUGAGGACGAUGAAGCACUUGAAGAACCUGACCCCAGAGAAGCCAAGAAAGUUGAGAAUAAUGAAGUCUCAGAAUACUACAAUGGUGCGUGUGGCAAUGGAUUACCGAAUGGAGUCAGCGGUGAGUCCGCUGACCAAGAUGGCGACUCUACUCUCGCGUCGCCUAGCAACCCACUGUCGAAGGAUUUCCCAUCGUUGAGGGCGUGCGUCAUGUCGCCCCUCUUCGGCCUUUUCUACUUGUGGUUUUCCAUUCUGCAACUGGACGUAUUGUUUUUUGUCAGUACGCUGAACCCGGUGCUGACCAAACUUGCUGACAAUGACGAACAGCUCGUGAGUUCCUACACCAACGCACUUGCCUUCAUUCAGCUAGGAGGAAUCCUGUGUGCUCCAUUUAGUGGGCUGAUUGUCAGCAGGAAUAAACGCAGACACCGCUGCUUAAAUAAAGACAAGGAAGAAGAGAGACUCGAAGGGCGUGGCCCAUACAGCGAUCAGAAGGACGCCGCCCUGGCCUACGCCACCUGUACCACCAUUUGUCUUAUCUUCGGCGUGUGUGGUAUAUUACCCAUACUGGAGGCCCAGUAUGCCACCUUCGUGCUUUCUGUAAUGAGCAGAUCGUUUGUGUACAGCCUGACAGCCUCAGGAACUUCACUGUUUUUUCCCAUGGAGUAUUUUGGCACACUCUACGGUCUGCUGAUCUUGCUGUCGGCAGUUUUCAGCCUUCUGCAGUAUCCGCUCUUCAUCAUCACACAGAGACUCUUGAACGACAAUGACUUCUGGGUCAAGAUUGGUUUGCUGUCUGCUAGUCUUCUGACCUACUCUCUUUCCAUCUACGUCUUCCUUCAUGCAAGAAAAAAGGAAAAAGCUUGGCAAUGUGGGGAUCAAACAACCAAUCACAGAACGGGCCAAAGGACGUUAGCAGACAACCCGCUUUAGAACAGUUUUUGUCACUGUAUUUGGCCAAGGCUUUACUGCUGCCUCUAAUUGCAUAUACAAUAUUUGUAUCAUUUUGUGAACAUUAUGUAUUGCAUAUUCUUUAACACAAUUUAACUUUUUGGGGUUGAACACCAAGUUCUCAGGUCCCGGGCAAUGCAGGACACACCCAUUUCAUUCUACUUCGAGUGACAAACUAUAACUAAAAUUAUCAUUACUGUAAAGUUGAACAAACUAGUCAACAAACACAAUAAUAUACACUAUUAAAAGAAAGAAAUAGUACAAAGGCUACAGAGAAACAAACCAUAGAAUAUAAUGCCGAUUGACGGAAGAAAUAUACUGUUAAUAGAAAUUCAGUACGAGUGUUUAACAGUGUAUAAUGUAGAGCUUUCAGAGAAAAUAAAAAGGAAUAUAUGCACCUUGGUAUUCGUUUA